AUGAAUCGUCUAAAGCCUACGAAGUAUACCGCUCGCUAUCCUCGAUGGAUGGUCGGCAAACCGCUCCUCAUCGCUUCAUCCGCUCUUGCCUCCCUGGGUGAUGCUAUGUUUGGCUACAGUCAAGGCAUCAUGGCCUCGAACGCAGUUCAACCAGGCUUUCUAAAGACAAUCUUCGGGGCGGAUGUUACAUUGGAGGAUAUCCGUGCCAGUAACACGGCUAUCACCGUUUCCUGCCUCAACAUCACCGCCUUCUUCGCCUCUCUCGGCUCGGCAUAUGUCUGUGAUAUUCUCGGACGCCGCACGUCUGUCCGCCUUGGCGCCAUCGUCUACUUCAUCUCCGCCCUGAUCCAGGUCUUCGCCAACGGUCUCCCGGCCCUGCUCAUCGGUCGCUGCAUCCAAGGUGUCGCAGUCGGUGUCCUGUCCAUGACAGUGCCCAUCCUCCAAUGCGAGAUCGCUCCUGGCCACGCCCGCGGCCUUUUCGUCUCCAUCGAGUACCUCUGCCUCAACCUAGGCUACGUCCUUUCGGCAUGGGUUGGCUACGGCUUCUUCUUCGCCAUGCCUAGCUCGAUCUCGUGGCGCGGUCCCUAUAUUCUUCAAGCCGCGCUCGCCGUCAUCCUCUUCCUCUGGACCUUCAUCCUUCCCGAGACGCCACGUUGGCUUAUCAGGAACGGGUUCGCCGCAGAUGGAAAGCAGGCUUUGGCUGACCUCCAUGGCACGGGAGAUAUUACGGACCCGGAAAUCGAGAAGAGUUUCAAGGAGAUCACAGAGGCCAUUCAGUACGAGGAAUGUCUUGGACAAGCCACAUGGAAGCAGCUCUUCACGCAGUACACUCGUCGAACCGUCGUCGGCAUCACCUGCCAGAUGUUCGCCCAGCUCAACGGUAUCAACGCCAUUCUCUACUUCCUCCCGGACAAUCUCUCCCGCGCUGGUUUCUCCGUCGACCGCGCCCUCCUCUACUCCGGUGCCUGCGCCCUCGUCUACGCCAGUGGCACGCUUCCCACCAUGGCCCUCAUCGACAAACUCGGCCGUCGCAAGUUCCUCCUCUUCGGCUCCGUCGCCCUCCUCGCCUCACUUUCUGCCGCCGGUGGUGUCCAGUUCUACUCGAACUCCCUUCCCGUAGGCGAUGCUAGGAUGGGUGCCGCUCAUGGCUUCUUUGUCUGUGCUUGUGUCUACCUGUUCUUCUUCGGCGCCACAUGGGGCCCUGCACCUUGGUUACUUGGGGCUGAAGUCUUCCCUAUCCGCGCGCGUGCUAAGGGCAUGGCCUUGUCCACCGCCUCCAACUGGGCCAGCAACUUCCUCAUCGCUUUCAUCUCGCCGCCUCUUUUCAAGUCCAUCGGUGGUGGCUACUACUUCAUUCUCGCAGGUUUCUGUGCGUUCUUCGUUGUCUACUUCCUCUACCCCGAGACCGCGUUCCUCACCCUCGAGCAGCUGGGUGAGGUCUUCAAAGACAACAUUCCCGAGAGCGAGAAGGAGUGCCGUCUCGUCGUCGACGAAUCUAUGGAUGCUGGUGCUAUCUCCGAGGGUAGGAGAGGGUCGGAUACGACGGUUGUUGGGGAUGCGGAAUCGAAGGAUGGAGUGGAGAAGGUUAUCGACGAGAGGGUCGAGGUCGUUGAGGAUGUUAGUCUUGAGUGA